UACUAAAAUAAGAAAACUUCUCUCCUGGAUUAUGAAUUCAAGUCUCAUAUUCCGACACAUUUCUUAAUGACGUGAAGUAUUUACAAAUAUAAACAUCUUGGAAUAUAAGACUAAUUUGAAAAGGCUUAGAGAAUUGGUUGUGAUAAAUUUCUUUUUGUGAUGUUGUUGACCGGGUCGAUGAGGGUGUUAUACCCUAUUUUGAUAUCAUCGGCCUUCAUAGAGGUUGCCCAUGGCGUUGCUUGUCGGGAUAAUUGGCUAGAAUAUUGCCUGAGAUUUGAUGCAAAGAGUGACAGUUGCACGCAAAACUACUACAUCCGAAACAACUGUCCGGCAACAUGCGGUAUAUGCCGCAGAAGAACCUCUCCAUCAACAUCUACAGUCACUACCAGUGUCACAUCAUCUCCACCAGCCACGGCAAGUACAAAAGUAGCCAGUUCACCGACGACUCCAAGUUCAACAACCUUGCAUUGUGAAGGCGGCCAGUUUGGUAUCAAUUGUGAAUAUAGUUGUCAUUGUAAGAAUGAUGCUGUCUGCGAUAAAAAGACCGGAUCGUGUCCUUCAGGGUGUGACCUUGGAUGGAGUGGCGAAGCUUGUCAGCUAGGCAACGCAGCUUACAACAAAACUGCAAUUACAACAUCAUCUGAUGGAAUUGUUGAUGCUGGCCGCGCUGUUGACCGCCAUGAUGGUAGCUGCUUGUACAUGCACAGUGAAAACAAUCAGUGGUUGAUUGUGGACUUAGAGCAUCGCCAGGUACUCUUCAACCUGACUAUCGUCACUAGAGACUGCUACCAGUGCGCGGCAAAGAUAUUCAUAAAAGAUACUAAUGUUUCAUCGACACCAUAUAAACUGUGCAGUUCCUUCUAUGCAAACAAUCCUGAACCAGAAAGUCACAAAGUAGUAUGUAACAAGCCUGUGAUUGGCCGAUACCUAUUCAUACAACUAGAGUACAGUGACGACAGAAUGAGGAUCUGUGACGUUAGGGUUCAUGCAUAUCAAUACAAAGAUUGUCCCUACUCAGAAUAUGGUCCGAAUUGCAACCUCGAGUGCCAAUGUAAGAAUGCAACCGAGAAGUGUGACGUCAUCACCGGGAGCUGUCCAGUGUCCGGGUGUAAUAUACUCCAUUCAGGAGAAGAUUGCCAAAGUGAGACUUUUUCCACACCUGAUACGACGACAUUGACCACCACCGCCAGUAGUCCCGCCACGAUCACUACCACUUCCACUACCACGACCGUAUCGACAACAGCAACAACAGCAACAACAACAGCAACAUCAACAGCAGCAGCAACAACAGCAACAACAGUUGCAAGCACUUCAACAACCACUACAAGAUUGACUACAGCAGUCGAUUCGACACCCACUACCAUCGAACACACAAGUACCGUGUCGACGAUUGAAGGACCUUCCCUUCCGAUUAACAUCACUCUGACAACUCAACCAGCCGGAUUGGGGAAACAAGCUAUCGUUAGAGUGACUUGGAAGGCUUCACCUUCAAACGAGGAAUGUAAAUUCAACAUGAAGUACAACGUCAAAUUCACUACCACUGCGACCACGAAAGGUCUGGUUGAAUAUUAUGUUAACGCCACGGACGAACUUCUCAGUGAGUGGGCGGAUGCUUCAGCUAACUCACUGAUUCUUGUUUCGGUUCAGUCUUUGAAUUGCUCUAAUUAUCCUUGCAAGUCAUCCGAAUGGUCAAAUGCAUCUUCGAUAACAUCGUCGAACAAAUAUCCAGGACCUGUGAAGAACAUGCAAGUGACUCAAAGAACACCGACUUCACUGACAUUAAAAUGGGAUCCCAAUGAAGAUGACCGAGAUCUAUUUGAUUACAAGGUGAGCUACGGUGAGAGCCCAAUUUCAAACGGGAACCAUAAUGAGGUGACGCUCCGAAAGCUCAAGCCUGGCUCGGAAUACCUAAUCUCGGUCACUCCACGAAAUGAAGUUGGCUUUGGCGAACCUAAGAGCAUCAAAGCUUGGACUGAUAUCGAAGAUCCCUCUCCUCCGAAGCCACCAAUACUAAUGGAAGACAUGACGACAGCAAAUUCAAUAUCAGUACAACUUUUUCCUGCUUCUCAAUCGAAUGGUGCCAGAAUUAUAGGUUACGUCUUGAAGCUUAUGGUGGCGAACACUUGCUUUAGAAAACGUGAAAAACCUGAUGGCCGUUGCUGUACAGUGAACGAUGCCGGACUUCAGGUGGACUUCAAUUCAAAGAACACAGUCAUACGAUUUGGUGCAGACGAGGUGGCACCUGGAAAACAAGUUGCAAUGGAAGUAGAGGCAGAUACGAAAUAUGUGAUAUGUUAUGGCGUUGAAGUCCGAGGUCAACAUAACGCUACGAAGACAAAGUACACAGAAAUGGGAAGCAUAAUUGAAGCUCAUCAGCAAGUUAUCAUCAAUUCUGGAAAAGACAGUUCUUCCGGGCCGUAUGUUACUGUAGGAGUGAGCCUUGCCGCGUCUUUACUUUUGAUUUCAACUGUUGCAGCGGUGAUAGUGGUCAUCGUCAGGAGGAAAAGUAGACCCAAGGUUGUUGCUGACCCAGAGGUGGAAGAUGUGGAACUAGCCCCGACGUGUCAUUCCGAUUUCUUUGACCAUCUGUCGCGGCACAGCGGUCAGAACCAAGUCCUUGCAUUAUUGGGUCAUCGUAUGGACCUGGAACAGUUCCUGACUUGUGUCCGCCAGAUGAGGCAGGAAGGUGGCGCACUCUUCACCGAGGAAUACCAGUUGAUCUGCAGUGGACAAGGAUCUCAUCCAACGGAAGUGGCCAGGGCCAACAUGAAUAAGAACAGAUACCAGAACGUUCUUUCAUAUGACCAUUCCCGCGUGAUCCUCCAGAUGGAUGACCCAGUAGAAUCAGACUAUAUCAACGCCAAUUUCAUUAAGGACCACGAGGGCAAGGUGGCCUACAUCGCCACGCAAGGACCCAAGGCGACGACAGCUUCUGACUUCUGGCUGAUGGUUUGGCAGCAAGAAGUGGUAGAGAUCGUGAUGCUGGCCAAGGUGGUCGAAGAGGGACGGGCUAAGUGCCACAAGUACUGGCCGGACGUGUCUGAGACAGACUCCUUUGACUUUGACCUGACUGUCACCUGCCUGGACGAGAUCGAGAUGCAGGGUUUCACCAUCCGCCGCCUCCAAGUUCAGCGGGGCGAUGUUGUCCGUGAAAUUCAACAAUUCCAUUACAUGGCUUGGCCUGACCACGGGGUGCCCACAGAAACCCAUUCACUGCUUGCAAUGAUGAAGCAUGUAGGCCAGAUCGAGGUUGAUGCGCCCAUGUUAGUCCACUGCAGCGCCGGUGUCGGUAGGACAGGAACCUUUUUUGCCAUCAGGGAGAUACUGAUGCAAGGCCAGGCUGAGGGUGCAGUAGACAUCAUGAAGUUUGUCCUUCAGAUGAGGCAAAGCAGGCCCUCGAUGGUGCAAACCAAGGACCAGUACAUUUACAUCUACACCACGAUUGGAGACUAUCUUCAGCACAGGAAAACUGCCAUAGACCCUUACAGGCUUCACCAGCAUUACAAAGAGCUCCAGCAACCAAUGGUUGCCGACGAUGGUUUCACUACGACAGGCUUAGAUGAAGAAUUUGAGGUACUUGAGAGCAUGACGAAUCGUGUCCCAGAAAGAAAACUAAGACAUGCCUUAUCAGAAGCCAAUAAAGAAAAGAACCGACACCCAGGAGUUCUUCCAAAUUUUGACCAUGCAGUAAAGUUGACGGCUCCAGGACAAUGCUCCGAUUACAUAAAUGCGGUGUAUGUUGAUGGGUAUAUGCUACCGAGGGCCUUUAUUGUGACUCAGAUCCCAAUGGCCAACACAACGGAUGACUUCUGGAACAUGGUGAAUGAGUGCGGGGCAACUGUACUGGUCCAGAUGACAGAGGACCCCGAGCUCAAGCAGCAGAAUGGCUCAUCCUAUUUGCCAACCAAUGAGGACGAUUUGUUGGUGGGAACACUCCGAGUGCAGUUGCAUUCAAUCCAAUCAACAUCUCCCCCAAUGGAAGAAAUCAUUUGUAGAAAGCUGGUGUGUGGGCAUCCAACAAAGAAGAACACUGUCGAGAUCACCCAUUACUCCUUUGCCAGCUACCCACCAUCACCAGUCGCCAUCUCUGUCAUCCUUGGCGAAUUGGACAAUAAGUCUCAGUUCAUGUCGAAAGGGCCCGUGGUAUCAUUGUGUCAAGAUGGGGCGGGAUGGAGUGGAGUUUUGUGUGCGUGCCAUCACAUCUGCAAGCAGAUGCAACUGGAUGAGACAGUCAACGUCCUCCAAUGUAUACACAGAAUACGUACCAGCAGACCUCAGCUCGUCUGGACAAAGGAGCAAUACGACUUCUGUUAUAAAGUGGCGUUGAAAUUCCUCGAUUCGUUCGUCGUCUACGAGAAUCUCAAAUAAGGCAAUACGGAUAUCCAUCAAAGAGCUGAAUCCAGCGGUCGUGUGUGGCGGAUAUUCAUCCUAGAAACGUUCGAUUGUAGUCAUUUACGAUAUCGCAGAUUUAUAUUAAAGACUGUAUUCUCAUUAACAUUUAAAAUUGGGAGUUGUGACAUGCUUAUAAUGUGCAUACCGAAAAAUUGCUACAGUAUAAAAUACUCUGUAUUGCUCUUCGUGAAAAUAUAUGAUCAACCUGAUGAAAAAAACAAAACCGAUGAAUCCGGAGAACUAAUUAUCAUAUUUUCUAUUUUCGCCGGCCUAUUUAAACUAAAAUUUGACGGAGUUCCUAUACCCAAGAAUAGCAAAACUGAUAAAGUUUAGUAUUUUUGGUGAUGGAAUGUGAACGUGAGUUUUAAAUCAGAACCACUGAUACUCAGAAUCGUAAAUGUAUUAGACAUGGCAUAGCUUAAUUCUCAUCAGUUCAAUCAAAAUUUACUACUACAAUUAAACACAUAGAUGAGCGGACAAUCAUGCGAGUGACACCGGCACGUUUGUAUUUACAUGUGCUUUUUGAAAUAUUCGGGAGGGCCCUAAAAUGUUUUAGUAGUCAUGUAAAAACAGAAGUGACACAUACAUAACAGAAUGCCCCAAGUGUCGAUCGACCAAAGCAAUCACAAAAUGACAUUGCCAGGGAAACACAAAAUUGAUGUACAUUGUGCUGGCAGUGAGGCUCAGCUCAACUGUUGACUGUAACAUCCGAUUAA